AUGCCGCCGAUGUCCUCAUCUUCCUCACACUCAGCCGAGCCUCGUGCACCUGCAUGGGAUGACUCGGACUCUGUGUCUGUACAAGGAGCUCGCAGAACUAGGGAGCGAGGUGACGGCGCCAAUACUGCCACGUCGAGACCAAGCUCUGGCGUAGGCGCAGCGGCGGUGGCGGCGGGAUCAACAGCAGUACCACCCCGCAAGCCUGUAUCUGACACGAAACGCACGCCAUCCAUUCGGCCCAAACCUGACUGGCAGCGAUCAUCGAAAGCAAUGCACCGUUCGUCUACCUGGGAUAGCACUCGACCGGCAUCGCGGCCCAAAACGUUUGUCGAUGAGGGCACAUCGCCAGGACUGCCAUCAAGUCCUGUCGAUGAAGUACCUCCUGUACACGGCAUCAGUCAGAAUACACCUGUCGUCAUGCCGGAACCUCAGCCAGCACUUGAUCGUCCGCACACAUCAGUGUCAUCGUUGAAAGGGGCGACAACAGCACAGCUUAGUGACAUGCUCGCACAUCAACGUGAUGGACGUGUGCGCCUAACGCGGCAAGCUUCACGCUCAAGCACAGGACCACCUGCCCGUCAAAGAGUGAUUUCUCCUUUGGCAUCUCAAGUCGAAAUGACUGAAAGUUCCAAGCCACCCAAGCCGGCCACAACGACUGCUGGCACGGCCGCUGCCGCUGCCGCUGCUGCUGCUGCCGCUGUGGCUGCUAAUGCAACGGCUUCGACGGCGACACCAACACCAGAGUCGCCCGACCCAUCGGCUAGUCCUUUACGAUCAGCGACGCCCAAGCCCUCUUCUCACAAGACAUCCCGUCCUGAUGCCUUGUCCGUGAUGGAGCAAGCUGACAAGCCGGCUUCUGACCAGGCAUCUGAGUCGUUCCAAGGCGUUAGUGCGUUGAUCAACAAGUGGCAAGCACGGCCUCUUUCUUAA